AUGACACCAAGUUAUGAUCAAGUGGUUGUUGGACUAUCAGCCUCAAUUGAUGAUGAAGUGGAAGAUUGGAGUAAUGAUUUUCUUACGAAGGAACGAUCACGUACACGUUGGAAAAAAGGACAAGAAAACCAAACAAGUGAAUGUUAUUAUACAGAGACAACAACGUUAUCUAAACGUCGAAGUAGCAGCAGUUUGAAUGAAAUUCCAGCAACAAUCACAGGACGAAAUUUACACACAAGUGAAGUGGGUGGAAAGUCAAGUGGUAGUGGUACAUUAUUACGACAAAGUGGGAGUCUUGACGAUGAAGAAAGUCAAAGUUUAUAUACUUUGUAUUCAUCAGUCAAGGAUACUGGACAAAUUGGACGAAAAACGCAAAUUAUUAAUCAGCAGCAAGGAAGUGAUAGUAGUGAUGUUAGUGACGAAGAUUGGGAUGCAGAAUUUGGCUUUGAUGAUCAGAUAGAUGCCACUACAUUGGGAUCAUCUGAUAGUAUGGACCCUACUCGAAGAAGAGCAGAAAAUGGCAAUUUUUUUCUUCCAAAUUUGCAUAAAGUAUUGGAUGGAGAAAUGUUACCAGACGACGAUGAAAUAGACGACAUGGAUAGUGGAAACUACAAUAUGGACACGGCAGGACGACGGCAAAGGAGGUUGUCGGAGGAGCCGAUUUUUCGAAGGAGACGUAGCGACUUUUAUCAGUCUGGAGCGAGUGUGGAUGGAAGUUUGGAUGGUAUUCGAUCCAGUUUGACGUCGGCGUCUUCGUCAAAUGCAAUUGAGUAUACCCUCGUGGACAAGUUACGGCUGCUCGAGGUUGCCAAUUCGUCCGCUUAUGCGGUAAGGAUAGAACGAUAUCCAAAACCUUCCUGUACUUUUAGUAACUUGGAGCGAGAUCGCAACAACUUUCCCAGUUACACUGAAAAUAAAUAUGAGCGGUGGCUGGCGGAUUUGGUCGUGCCAGAUUGCGCGAUGGUAUCACAUUACAUGAACGCGGAGCGCAAUCGUCUGCCGCCGCCAAGGCAGUUGAAGAACCAGUUUUUUCACGCGCUUGUGUCGCUACCGCUUGGGCGCAAGUUCGUCGACAUGUUUUUUAAGCAGAUCACACAAUACUGCUUUUUUGGUGAGGACAAGGAAAACCGCGAGCUAAUUCGAAUGUACUUUGAAAAAGUAUCAACUACUGGCAUGACAGACGAGAAGUGGGCUCAAAAUUUAUCAUCGACAGAGUUGGAGUUUGUUAUCGGAUGCAGCAUUGAAAUUUUACAGGAGGCCGCACGUUUAUACGGCCCUAAACCUGUGGUGACGCUUGCAACGCAGUUGUCACUGUCGAUGUUGUCCUCAUCGGCGUCGUCACAAAGCAACAAGACCACUGUUUAUUGGAUUCAGCAGUUCCAGGAUAUUUUAGUGCAUUGUGCGGAAGCUUUCCCGCAGUAUUCAAACGUUGUUGCGCUUAUAGAGCUUCGAUUUGUAUGUCACCACUUGGCUGGCUUUGCAAGUGGCGAGUACGAAUACACGUGGCAGAUAUGCAACCAAUUGCCUGCAUUUUUGCCUUUAGAACCAGUUGUUGGUGAUUCCGCGUCGCAGAUCGUGAACGAAGUGUUUCAGUUCUAUGGCGCACUGUUUCAGCAUUUGAAUACGAGCCCUGAAAGUCGCAGCAAUCGAUAUAUGAGGCACAAAUCAUCUGUGGAGAAUCGAAAACCAGAAGCAGAGGAUGUUAGACAUUUUGCGCUGUCAUCAGAUGCCUUAUGCCUUCAAGCACUUAUUAUGUGUGACAUCCAAAGUUUGUACGACAGCAAAAGUGCUUUAGCAGAAAUUUCACUACCAGCGCUUGAAGAGCUUCUCGAGUUUGAAGAUGACGAGGCAACCGUUGACCCCGUCCUUGUAGGAUUACCGCCUCAUAAUCGCGACAGUCAUAGCAGUUCCUUUUCGUCGAACCCUGAUUGCCGCGAUAGCGGGUAUGAACGUGGUGGAGACUCAUCGAAAGGGCUAGGUGGGUGGAGCGCUAGCACGAAACUGUUUGAGCUGCUUCGACCAUCAUCCCGCACUCGCGCCUCGGCGCUCAGCUUUUUUUACGAGCGGAUUGCGGCUGUGGAUUUUCCGCUGGUGAAAGCAAAGUGCGCAACGGUUAUGGCUGGCAUGCACGUUUCCAGUAUCGCGUCUCAUGGUAACUUGAGAGUAGCUGAAUCGCUUGCAUACGAAGCGCUACGUUUAUUAGACUCGUCAUCGAAGAAAAGUUUGGCUAAGCUAUCUCAAAAGUCGUCCUUGCGUAGUCAUCAAAAGACCACGUCAGCAACAUACCUGAGCAUAUUUAGCAACUUCGGACUGCUUUCCGCCUUAGGUCGAGAGGCACUUGAAGGACUGGGCAACAUCCUGAUUAAGAACAACAAAUACCGCUAUGGUAUCUUGUGUCUUGAGGCUGCGGGAGCUCUUUUCAGUUUUUUAAACCAGGGCAGUCAGUAUGAGAAGCUGGACCGACUACUUUGCAAGCUGACGCUCGAAGCUGAUGAUGUACAUCGAGCGCUGCCACUGCAUGAGAAGGUGACUUGUGCAGCUCAGCAACAAGGCAACAUUACAGUGUAUGUGUAUUUAACGCAAGAGCUGACUAAACUUUGGAUUCGUGAGGGGAAUUUUACUCAUGCUGAGGAAUUUCUGGCAACUUCCUGCCUUUUUUUUGCGAGACAACACGAGCCUGCUUCCACCGCAUUUUCUUUCGUCUGCUAUAAAUGCAAGUUAUUCUAG